CAUGAUGCUUGUCGGAAUGCUUUAAAUUGGGAGAAGAUCCGGACUCCAACUUUCCAAUCCAACCCAACUGAAAAACCAUUUUGAUGAGGACUGCAUUCCUUUUCCUUAUUUGUGAGAGCUUAAUGCUAUUUAUAUAAUCCCAAGCUUAGGCCAUAGAGUGAUAGAACAACAAUAUCAACAUUGUCUGUGAGGUCAAAGUCCUAGACGACAUGGCGAAGCAUUUGGGUUUGGGGGGGAAUGAGAGAAAGGUGAUGAUCGCCAUUGAUGAAAGCGAAUGCAGUCAUUACGCGCUCAAUUGGGUGCUCCACAAUCUUCAAGACUCCCUCUCCAACUCGUCUCUCCUCAUCUUCACAGUUCGGCCCUUAACCGGUUAUAGCUCCAUAAUUGCCGCAUCCUAUGGUUUUCCUCAUCCGGAGUUGAUUAGGUCCGUCGAAGAACGACGAGAGAGGAUUUCGUUGGCUCUGUUGGAAAAGGCUAAAGAUAUCUGUGCAAAUCAAGGGGUAAUUGCAAAGACAAUUUCAGAAUUUGGAGAUCCUCAAGAGACAAUUUGUGAAGCUGUUGAGAAGUUCAACAUCAAUCUACUCAUUCUAGGUAGCCAUGGUCGCGGACUUCUCCAAAGGUUGGUUUCUUUUGAAUUGCUUCUCUCUGUGCAACUAACAGAUUCAGGAUUUAAGGGUACUCUUUAUUCGGCCCAUCAUCCAUGAUCCACCCCAAUUUUGGCCCCAACUGAGACCUUCCCCCAUAUUAUAUAGGAUAUAGCUGCUCCAAUCUCCAGGCGGAAUAGGCCUACUUUAUUUAGCCUGGUCAAUUCCUAUUCUGGACCAGCCUGGAGUAAGACCAGUUAUUUACUGAUGUUAUGUAUCUAGCUGAAAGACAGUUUGGUCCCUCAAAUUCAGUAGGUGCCAGUAAUCUUUUUUUUUUUUUUUCGUUUUUGUUGCAUUAUUUUGUAUGUUAGGUAUAAAG